AUAAGUGGGGACCAGCGGCAUGACAGCAAAUAAGUCAAUCAAGUCGCUACGAUUCCGGAAACCUGCACAUUCCGCACCACAGCGUACCAUUAGAGUUUCCAUUUAUAUUUUUAAAAAAACUUGGCUUGAUCUUAUCAUAUUGGAUUCAGUCACCAGGAUCUAUAGUCCAAAGCUAUUUUGUCUAGUUUGUAUUUUCUCUUUUUGCGAAAGGAUUCUGUACUCCAGUUUGCUGUUCGUGGAGACUGAUUUUAUCUCAACUAAAAAUGGAUCCUUUAACCAAACGAGUUAUUACCUCAAGUCUUCUAUUAUUUCUCAUCGUUUGUUCGUAUGCCAAUCCAACGCAUAGCUCAUGGAGUGCAUGCUCUGUAUCGUGUGGAGACGGAGCUAAAACAAGAUCUCUUACCAAUGGCUCAAUUGAGACCAGACCGUGUAAUAUGCAAGACUGUGCAGUAUGGGGUCCCUGGAGUUUUCUUGCCUGUCCCAACGACUACUUAUGCGAUGCCCCAACCUUCGUCUUUGAAACUCGCCAAUGUAACAACGGCGUGAUGUGCAAAGGCGCCUCGUUCCGUGCUGUUCCCAAUCAGAUAUGCCCGGACUGUUUCACAGCAGCAGAUACGACUGCCACUCCAACAUCUUACCACGAUUCUACAACCAUACUGACCACACUUUUAACCGACGUUGCAUAGUGGUUCAUUCACUUGCCUCUCAAACGAGAGGUUGAGGAUUCGAAUCUCUGCCCGAUAUCGCUAGUUUGUUGCGAGGAAUGUGAAAAAGAAGGUGACUCGACAAUUAAUCUCACUGCCCGAACGCUAUAGGAGUACAGUUUGUAAAAAGUUGUAUAUAAUAAUAUUGUAGGCUAUAUAGCUACGUGAACAAUAUGAACAAUAUCGAGAAUGUAUUCAUGCAUUAUUAAUUAAGUAUGAUUUUAUAAGAUCUAUUGACGGUCGUUUUUAGUGAUACAUGUUGAAGAUAAUUUGGAUGUGAAUCAUGCCAUCGCAAUGGGUGCUAAUUCUUCUUACUCUCUAAACGUACUGGAGUGGAAAUCCACUCUUGUUGGAGUCAUAUCAGGAAAUCAUUCUAUUUGGAAUGAAAAUCUGCUCUUACAAUAGCGGAAUCCACUCUCCAAAGUCCAAAGAGUGUGUAUUUCACAACUUUGGAGUGAGUUUCAAUAUAAGUUACUGGGCUGGAUUCAACUCCAAAUGAUGUGGUCCCUAAACAUUCUAAAAAUGUCGAUUUCCACUCCCCCGCAUUGAGAGAGUAUAAAUAUCGCUUAGGAUUAUGUAUAACGACUAUCUCUGUAUUGGCCUAUUAGUCAUAGAGUACUAUUCAAUGGCUCUAUUUUGAUCCAGAAUGCGUUGAAUUUGACUUGAUUACGUGAGAAGCGAGAUUGAAAAAAAUAACAGAGUACAUUUCUGUUUCAUUACAUUGAACUGUUCAUGAAUAAGAAUUGUUUACUUUACUUAUUUGCAAAUACGUAUUAAAAGUCCUUAAAUAAUUGUUGUGCAACGCAGAGUAAAAUCUGUUACCACCAAUUUUGUGAACGCAAUCGAAUUUUUGUUACAUUUCUUAUUUUCAUUCACAUUGGUUUAUUUAAUAUACAACUAUGAGUAAAAUAUUGGUGCCAGUUUGAGAAAUCAAAACGGAUUCAUUUAGACCUCCGGAAAAUUACGAACUGCGGUGGGUUAAUCGUCCGGUAGCACAUCACGUUAGGGCAAUCAGUUACUUUAUGAAUCUGCGUCAUACAUAACGUGCAUUGUCAACAAGCUGAUUGAUGUCUUUGGCAUUUUAUGGUCAGACUGUCUCGAGUCGGAAAGUUAAAGGGACUAUCAAAUAAUAGCAAAUUAAAAUUUAGUACUUAAUUCGGUAUAAUACCUCUUUUUCUGUACAAGAGAUGUUACCCUUUUACAAGAUAAUUUGAUUGGCUUAUUACAAGCGAGUUCCAAACUACCAAACACUGUUUGGUAGAACUUUUAAUCAAAGUAAUCUCCGCCAUUUCUCCACUCUACAGAUUUGAGUAAUGGGAACCACAGGCAGGUCUAUAAUAUAAGCAGACCCCCUCCCAAUUUAAAUAAUAUUAUCUAGCGCUUCAUGAGCAAAGCUAUUGGGAUACAGAUAAAAACAUAUUUAAGGAAUCUACGAUUUGACAUUGAUUACGGAAUAUAUAUAUGGCUGCAUUGUUAUUCAUUAUCAGAGCGUGUCUAUGUGUGUGCGUCAGUUUGUCAUAUUAUAUUCAUUGCAGUGUUUUCGUGUGAAAUAUAUGAUUAUUGCUGUUGUCACUGGAGUAUAUACUUCCAAUUCCAAUUUUUGAAUUAUUAGUUUGGAUACUCCCUUCCCGGUAUCAAAGAUAUAUCAAUAUAAUAAUAUAAUACAUGCGGUACAUUUAUCAACAUCAUCAACCCCAUUUUAUCAUAAUCAAUAUCAUUAUCAUUAUCCUUAUCAUUAUCAUCAUCAUCAUCGUUAUUAUUAUUACUAUCAUUGUUAUUAUUAAUAUUUUUAUCAUCAUCAUUAUCAUUAUUAACAUUACCAUUGUUAUUAUUAUUAAUAUCAUCAUCAUUAUCUUUUUUUUAUCAUCACCUUCGUAUUCAUCAUCAUCAUCUUCUUUGGCAGUAUUGUUAUUUAUUCUGCCAUUUCAAAUAUCAAAUAUAUAUCCGUUUGAACAAGAGUAAAAAGCAUUGAAUAUAAUGUGCCUGCACAAAAAUCCCAGAAUUAGAAUCACUUUUGAGAUAUAAUCAAAAUAUAGGCUGGCUGAUUUCAUAGUAAUACACAAGUUCCUAAAAGAGCAGAAGUUUAUUAUCUAGAUUGAAGUAAUACCAAUAGUUCUAUCUAUGAGUUUGUUAAACUGUAAUAGCUAGCUCCAAUAAUUAAAGUCUUCUAAAGUUUAAUAUUUUGCUCUAUAACGAAAUUCAGUCUAACUCUUUGUGGAUGUUGAGAUCCCUUUUAAACAAAACAAAAUAGAACAUGUUAUGAACUUUUCAAAUCAUAAAUUAGGUUCUGAAAAUAUCCAUGAUAUAAAAACUAAACCAUAACUGUUUUUAUCGGGGGCACAUGUCAGCUGAGAACGCCGAGUUCGCUUUUGAACAUUUUUACCAAUAUUCGUGAUUUGAUGUCAAUCAUGCAACUGCAUCGAAUUAAAAUCAGCUCAACAUAACUCAUAAUAUGAGAAAAAUUAUGUCAGUUAUGUUAAAUGACGCACAUCUAAACCGAUAAUUUAUGUUUGUAAAAAUAAGUUUUAAAACUGAUAAACUGUUCAAUCAAUGUUUUUCAUAACAAUGUCUAUGUUUGGAAAAAUAAAAUGUGAACUGAAAAUGAAUGAACUAUUUUCUAUGAAAUAAAUGUAAAUAAAUGUAUACUUCA